CCGGCCGCAACCUUUAAAAAUGUCGGUCUUAAAAUAAUAAACAAAAGAGAAAUUACAAGAAUUACACUUUUAUUGUUGUAGAAAAAUAAAGAAAAUUGCCUAUAUUAAAAUAUGGAAAAUUCAAACUCAUUAUUUAUUCAACCGGCUCAAAAUUAUAGCCGGGAAGAUAAAUCUCCCAAUGAAUUGUCAACAAAUGUAAAAAGCAAUAACGAUUGUUCUGGUAUUUUGCAAUGUUUUGUUUGCGAUUCACUAGUGCAGGGUAAACAUUAUACCCUCGCCUCGUGUAAAACUCAGAGUACAAGAACUCGAGUUAUUGAAAAAUUAGGAGAACUCAUUGGAGAAAGAUACAUGAUUAUCAUAUCAGAGGAAGACAUUAUUUGCCGUAGUUGUGCAAAUUUAAUAAAUACAUUAGAUCGUUUAGAAAUGGAAAUGAAAACAGUUAAAGGAAAUGUUCUACGUUAUUUGGAACGUAAAUAUUCUUUUGACAAUGCUGACCUUAAUACUAAUGAUUCAAUUAAUAAAUCAACACAACAAUUAAAAGUCACCGCGACUAAAGAAAAGAAACAAAAUAUUCUCAACAAUUUAACAGCGACAGAUAAUAAAAAAUUAAUUUCCUGCGACAAAUGUCGAUAUUCAACUAAUCAUCAGACAUUUAUGAUUCAUCAUCUCAGACAGCAUAUAAAUAAGAAAAUUAAUUGCGAUAAAUGUGGUGUUCAAUUUCUUGGCAAUAGUCAACAAAAUAAUUCACACUGUUGCAAGAAAAUGAAAAAAACAAACGAAAAUGUUACAGAAUUUGAAGAUGAUGGAGGGAACGCAAAAGAAGAAAUUUCACUUCCCGUUCAAAUUUCAAAGGUUGAAAAUAUUCUGAUGAAGGAUGAAAUUAAUAUUGAAUCAAAUCUGUCGGAUUUAAUUGAAGAUGAACAUAUUCAAAAGGAAGAACAAUUAAAAAAUUAUCAAGAUUCACAAAGUAUAUCAAUGACGGAUGAAAAUAGAUUAGUUGAAAAUAAUGAUAAUUCUUUGAGACAAAUUUUAAAAGUACGAGAAGAUGGAAGUUUAGAAAUGAUACAAAUGUUAAAUGAAAAUUAAAACUUUUAAAUAAAAAUAUAAUUUCUAUACUACA